GAAAAUUUUGAAAUCCAAAAUCCUAUUUUUCUCUCAAUUGCCGACUCUUCGAUUAUCAAUUCGAAGGUGUGUGUUCGAUUUCCCUGACAACAUCAGAAGAAACCCUUGAUUCGACGAAUUAAGGUAUUUCAAUCUCUUUAAGAUGCCGGCCACCGCAGGGAGGGUUCGCAUGCCCGCGAACAACCGGGUUCAUAGUAGCGCCGCCUUACAGACCCACGGGAUUUGGCAAAGUGCAAUCGGGUAUGACCCUUAUGCGCCUAAUAAAGAUGAUUCCAAACAUCCAUCGGGUCAGAUGACUGCCGCUGCUGAACCCGAUGGUGAAAACGCAUACACUAACUUUCAAGGGCUUUUAGCACUUGCCCGAAUCACUGGCUCGAACGCCGAUGAGGCUCGUGGAGCUUGUAGAAAAUGUGGGCGUGUUGGGCAUCUUACUUUUCAGUGUAAGAAUUUGGUGAGUUUGAAGGAGAGUAAGGAGAAACACCCCGAAGCGAUCCAGGCUGCGGUUCUGAAUGGACUGGAUAAGUUGAAAAGAGGGAAAGUGAGUGGGAAGGAGGAGGUGGAGAGCGAGGACGAGGAGAGUGAGAGUGAGAGCUCGGAUUCUGAUGUCGAUUCGGAGAUUGAGAGGAUUAUUGCUGAAAGAUCUGGGAAGAAGGUUAUAAGCAAAGGGAGGAAGUCAUCAAAGAAGAAGAAGAGUGGUGAGGAUGAUAGUUCGGAUUCGGAUCUUGGGGAGAAAAAGAAGAGAGGGAGGUCAAAGAAAAGGAGCAGUAGGAAAAGAGCAAUUAUUGAUUCUGAUGAUGAGAAGGAAAGUAGGAGGAAAAGGAGGAAAGAAAAGAGAAAGAAGAGGGAUGAAUCUUCAGAUGAGGAUGAGGGUGAUGAUCGUCGGGGUCUUAGGAAAAGAAAGAGUAGGAAGGAGAAGAGGAGAAGAAGAAGUCAUAGGUAUUCCAAUGAUUCUGAAUCAUCGGAUGGGUCUGACUAUUCUGGUAAACGGCAUAGGAGGAAGAGCCAUAGGCACGAAUCCCCCUCUGAUUCUGAUGUUAGUGGUUCGGAUGAUUCACGGGUUGGAAGAGGUGCAAAGAGGUCUGAGAAGAGCAGCAGGAAACGCUAUCAUGAAGACGAUGAGUAGAGGCUUGUUAGCAAAGGGAUUCGAUAGAGUGGAUAUAAUGUUCGUGCUAGAAGUUGUUGAUGUUUCGGUGGACAAGGUUAUAUAAGGUAGUUGUUAUCGUGCGUAAUAUCUGAAGCAUGUAGGUACUCUUGCUUGAGUAGGAAAAAAAAA